GUUCAAGUUUGAAUUGCGACAAUGUUCUACACAGUAGAAUACUGUAGACGUCAACCCAAGGAGAUGGUUUGGCUAUCAAACCCUUCACGUAAGUUUUUAAUAGAUUGUAUGAUAAUAAUAAUAAUAAUGAUAACCUUGAUUAUUUAUAUUUUUAAAUAAGAAUUGACUCAAUUUUAGCAAUGUUCGAGGAAGACCAAAUAUACGUGGAGUGGUUGAGAGAAAUUUUACGUAAGUUUACAUGCAAAUUUUAUGUUUCUGUAUAGAACAUAAACUUUAAAUUAAUCUUUAAAUAUGAUUUUAGAUGAUCAUGAAGCAUAUGAUCCUGAAUCAUCCGACGGCGAUGAGGAUGAGAUAGAAGUACAGUCGACCAAUGAAGUUAUCAAUAUCGCUGACUCUGAGGAGGAGGAGGAGGAGGAGAAGGAGGAGGAUGACGACAUCGCCGACUUCGAUGAAAAGAAUGAAGAGGAGGAUAAUAUAGAAUUCAUUGACAUUGCCGACAGCGAAGAGGAUAAUAUGGAACUCAUUGACAUCGCCGACAGCGAAGAGGAUAAUAUGAAACUCAUUGACAUCGCCGACAGCGAAGAGGAUGAUAUAAUAAAUUAA